AAUAAUCUUCUUCCUCCGCUUUAAACGAGUCACCGACUCGAUACAGAAAUCCGAAUUCGCCGGAGACGCAGCGAAUAUCUUACAACGGGUAAUUUUCACGACGCCGGUUGUCUUCCCUCCGUCGUACAAUUUAGGUCAUCUGCGUAGUCAAGAAUUGAAAAUACAAGAGACAAUCUCUAAAAUCGAUUCGAUUAAGAGGAGCGAAAAAGAAGAAGAUCAAUAUGGGAAACGGUGAAAGAGGACGAGCGACGAAGAAGAUGAAGUACGGUGGGAAGGAUCAUCAAAAGAUGAAGAACAUCCAAAACGUUGAAGAUUACUAUGACGAAGCUGAUGAGGAUUCUCGUGAUGGUGAAGGAGAGGAGAAGAAGAGAGAUUUUACUGAAUUGGAGUUGAAGCCAGAUCAUGGAAAUAGGCCCUUGUGGGCUUGUGCUGAUGGAAGGAUUUUCUUGGAGACGUUUUCUCCUCUCUAUAAACAAGCUUAUGAUUUUCUUAUCGCCAUUGCUGAACCCGUUUGCAGGCCUGAGUCAAUGCACGAGUAUAGUUUAACCCCACACUCGUUGUAUGCUGCUGUUUCCGUUGGUCUUGAGACAGAAACUAUCAUCUCUGUUUUAAAUAAGCUGUCUAAGACUAAGCUACCCAAUGAGAUCAUUGAUUUUAUCCAUGCUUCUACUGCUAAUUAUGGGAAAGUGAAGCUGGUAUUGAAGAAGAAUCGGUAUUUUAUUGAAUCCCCAUUCACGGAGGUGUUGAAAAGGCUUCUCAGUGAUGAUACUAUAAAUCGAGCUAGACUUUCUUCUGAGCCAUAUUAUGGUGGUGAUGGAUUUACGAUCGGCAAAACAAGUGGUGAACUUGAAGCAGGACCUGGGGAGCUGUUGAAUGAAGCAGAAUUGGCAGCAGCUUCGGAAGAGAAAGAAACUCAUUCAUUUGAGGUAGACCCUGCACAGGUGGAGAAUGUGAAGCAGCGUUGCUUACCAAAUGCCUUGAAUUACCCUAUGUUAGAGGAAUAUGACUUCAGGAACGACAAUGUUAAUCCUGAUCUUGACAUGGAACUGAAGCCCCAUGCACAACCAAGGCCAUACCAGGAAAAAAGUUUGAGCAAAAUGUUUGGAAACGGACGAGCAAGAUCUGGGAUUAUAGUGUUGCCUUGUGGUGCUGGUAAAUCUCUAGUUGGUGUUUCUGCAGCGGCUCGUAUAAAGAAGAGUUGUCUUUGUUUGGCAACGAAUGCUGUCUCGGUGGAUCAAUGGGCCUACCAAUUUAAGUUGUGGUCUACUAUAAGAGAUGACCAAAUAUGCCGUUUCACUUCUGAUAGUAAAGAACGAUUCCGUGGAAAUGCUGGUGUUGUUGUGACAACCUAUAAUAUGAUUGCCUUUGGUGGUAAACGAUCUGAAGAAGCAGAGAAGAUUAUAGAAGAAAUGAGAAACAGAGAGUGGGGGUUGCUGCUUAUGGACGAGGUGCAUGUGGUUCCAGCUCAUAUGUUUAGGAAAGUUAUCAGUAUCACAAAAUCUCACUGCAAGCUGGGACUUACAGCCACCCUUGUGAGAGAAGACGAAAAGAUUACAGAUUUGAACUUCCUCAUUGGCCCGAAACUAUAUGAAGCCAAUUGGCUAGAUUUAGUUAAAGGAGGCUUUAUUGCAAAUGUUCAGUGUGCUGAAGUAUGGUGUCCUAUGACCAAAGAGUUUUUUGCAGAAUAUCUGAAGAAAGAGAACUCCAAGAAAAAACAGGCGCUUUAUGUCAUGAACCCUAACAAGUUCAGAGCCUGUGAAUUUUUGAUACGUUUCCAUGAACAACAACGUGGGGAUAAAAUCAUCGUCUUUGCAGACAAUCUUUUUGCACUUACAGAGUAUGCAAUGAAACUCCGGAAACCGAUGAUUUAUGGUGCAACCAGCCAUAUCGAACGAACCAAAAUUCUCGAGGCAUUUAAAACCAGUAAAGACGUGAACACUGUCUUCUUGUCAAAGGUUGGUGAUAACUCUAUAGAUAUCCCUGAAGCGAAUGUGAUUAUCCAGAUUUCGUCACAUGCUGGUUCUAGACGUCAAGAGGCUCAACGUUUGGGUCGUAUCCUUAGGGCUAAGGGUAAACUUGAAGACAGAAUGGCCGGUGGAAAAGAAGAGUACAAUGCAUUCUUCUACUCACUUGUUUCUACUGAUACACAGGAAAUGUAUUAUUCAACGAAAAGACAGCAGUUUUUGAUCGACCAAGGUUAUAGCUUCAAGGUAAUAACAAGCCUCCCACCUCCGGACGCGGGGUCAAGCUUGGGCUACCACAGUCAAGAAGAACAGUUGUCUCUUCUCGGAAAGGUGUUGAAUGCUGGAGACGAUUUGGUUGGUUUAGAGCAACUCGAAGAAGACACAGACGGAAUGGCUCUACAAAAGGCGCGACGAAGCAUGGGAUCGAUGAGUGCAAUGUCCGGUGCAAAGGGAAGGGUCUACAUGGAAUACAACUCAGGCCGUCACAAAUCCGGUCAACAGGUAAAGAAACCUAAAGACCCAACCCAACGACACCAAAUGUUCAGAAAACGUUAUGGCAAAUGAAGAAACCUAAACGAAGACACCCGAUCUUAAAAGACCGUUAACAUUUGAUAUUUGUAUUAUUAUGUGAAUUGACUAAUUGAUCUUAGAAAGGUCUUUAAUUUUUGAAAAUCAUUUUGUUAUCGUCAAUGUCAGCUGAACCAAAAUUGAAUUCAAAAGUCUACAAGAAUAUUGGCUUUUUGUAGCGGCCGAAAAACGCUA